GGUAUGCUUCCAUGGAGGCGUGUUGAAGAAUUUAUAGCAGAACCUUAUCAUCCUGACAGAGUAGCAAGACAAUUUAGGCUUGACCAAGUGGUGCCUUUUCCUCCCCUCACCAGUAUGUAUACAAGACAUGAUAUUGGUAUUUCAUAUGCUUUUUGGCUUCAUUUAUUGCUGGAUGCGGAGGAUCCACGCCCCAUUCCAGACGAUUCUCGCAUCGGUGACUCAUCUGUGGCGUGGGCAAAUUGGCUACAUGAAUUUCUGAAGCCAUUCGCUGAUGUAUUUGACCAACUUCGCAAUGGUAAUUUGAAUGGGAAGAUCCCUUAUAAUGAAAGGAGAAAAAUUAGGUCCGCACUGCAACGCCGUAUUAGAGUUCGUCCAUUGUCUGAUGAGGACUUUAAGGUAGUAAGAAGGGUGGCUGAUGAGCACCAGGACCAGCAUAUUGGUGUCAUUGAACAGGAGGAAGCACGUGUCAAAGAUCAUUGGAUGCCAAACCUCCAUAGCUACUUACAAGACGUUGCCGCUACUCAACCCAUGAAAUCCAAAGAGAUGAACUAAUGUCCCGCAUAAAAUUUAUCUGUUUCUUUAUUGUACUAACCAGUACUAAUAAUAUUAUCCUUUUAUAUAUGUGGCUGCAGCAAAGUGGCGUACCAAAGCCUGUUGUUGUAGUUGGUUCUUCCUCUGCUCAUCCAGUACUAGUGGGUAGUGAUGAUCCUCCAGAAACUGCCCCAGCCACCAGUGGACAGAAGCGUAGAAAUUUAUCGCCAACUCAUGCUGACAAGGAAGCGAGGAACCCCCUCAAGCGCAAACUUGACUUUUCCCAUGGAUGUGAUUUUUCUGAACCAAUAACAUUGGACGGUCCGUCAUUAGAUGUUGAACUCAGUAACUUGGUUAAUGAUGAAGAUUUUGAUCACUUUCUCACGGGAGAAAAGGACCAUGGCCUUGGUGACCUCUCGAUUUAUCCGUCGAGGAUUAUACCAUUGGCGAGUGUGGCGCAAGUCGUCCACCUUCCAGCCCGGGUGUGACUAAAGUUAUGCCCCAUACCCCUAAUGCUCUUGAUUUCUUGUCAACUUUACCUGGUUGCGAACAAGAAAAUUACCAUUCGCAAGACCCUGUAAUGACGAUCGUAUCAGGGGAAGGCGCACAGAUGGACUGCAGCUUUGUCAAAGACACGUUUAUAGAUGCCACGGAUAUCAUGGUGAAACGAGCCCUCGAAGGACUGAACGACUCUACCCUUGGUGAUCCCAAGCAGCGCAUCAUGCUUGAGAGCGUUUCUCCGACACUGCCCACGCAAGUACCUGAGGUAGCUAAGGUGCAUGCCAUGUUGGUCGGGCUUAUUGACCUUUCCAAGAAAUUGGAGGUUGGCCAGACUGAGUUCACGAAUGGAUCCGAGCGAGAUGAACAUGUUGCUGCUGAAGUCGGGCUUAAAAUUAAGUCGGGCCACGAAGUUUCCGAGGCUGCAAUUAGGGACUUAUCUGACCUAGACAAGAAGUGUGCUGACAUGGAGGUGCAGGAAGCAGCGCUUAAGGUGCAGCUUGAGGAGGCUAUCGCCAGUUUGCAGAAGCUUAAACUAGAGAGGGAACAACGCUGACAAGCACAUAAUGCCCAUGAAUAUGAACUGGAGGAUUUGGUGAAGAGUCUACAGGACACCAACGCCGGCAAGCGUACCAGGCUUGCUGAAUUUGAACAAAAGACGGCAAAAUUAAAGACUGAAGCAAGUCAGUUGUUGAACAGCCUGCAGAACUGGCAAGCUCCUUGAGAAGGCCUAGACUUGGCUUAGUUUUUUUUACUAUUAUUUGGCCAUUUCAAUUUAUCAUUUCCCUUUGAAUCAUUUUAGGUUCAGUACUCAGUUUCACUUCAAAUGUAGCAGUACUUUGUUUAUUCACGUGGGAACU